AUGGAUGCACUUACAACAGCCAGAGAAAGAGCUUCGUUUGCAAGAGUUCUAGUGGAUGUGGAGAUCUACGAUAAACCACCAUUAGAAACCCGUUUUGUGGAUGAGAGUGGCAACCUUGUUGAACAAAGAGUCUACAACGAAUGGUGGCCAACUCAAUGCAAGCACUGCCACAAUUUUGGGCGUGGAAAUGAGGAGUACAAAAGAAAGGAAAAGAUUGCAACUGAAAUUCGUAAAGAAAAGGUGGAGAAGGAGAAAGUUAGUCAGCAAUCUGAAUGGAGGAAGGUGAUUAAAAAAGGAAAAUCAGAGGAACAUGAAAAGGAGGAACAAGGAGGCAAGGAGUGGGUUAUGGAAUUUCUUGAUUCUUUUGUUACUGUUAAGGUAGAAGGUAUAUCAGAUCAUACCCCUCUACUGGUUCAGUUAACAGAAGAGGAAAGGCAAUGUUCUAAAUCAUUUCGGUUCUUCAAUAUGUGGUGUCAGUCAAAAGAGUUUCUGAAGUUGGUUAAAGAGUUAUGGGAGAAACCAAUGCAGGGCAUUAGCAUGUACAGAUUGGUGGUGAAGCUCAAGAGAUUAAAACCUGUGUUGAAGCAUCUGAACAGAACACAAUUUUCUGAUAUUCAACUCAAGAUGCAGCCUAAGCAAAGUUCUAGUUGGCAUUGGAAAAGGUUAUUAGAGCUCAAGGAGAGAGUUAAAGAUGAGUUUCAAGGAACAAGAUGGAAGCAUACUAAGUCUGGGAAAUACUCUGGUACUUCAGGUUAUAAUUCGUUAACUGGUCAGGGUGUUGUGAUGACAGCUGCUAAGUUGCUCACAAAAGACAGAUUACUAAAAUUAAAUAUGUUGAAGGAUGGCCUGGAGUGCAUUUUCUGUCAAAAGGAAACUGAAACAUCAGAACACCUGUUUAUUGAAUGUACCUUCCCCUCUGAAUUGAUCAAGGCAACUGGUCAAUGGGUGAGUUUACCAGGAAUUGCUGUUGAGCAGAUGCAAUGGAGGAAUCAAAUGCUGACUGUCUGGAAAAAUCAGAAACUGAAGAGGAGAACUAAGUCUGGGAAAUACUCCGUUACUUCAGGUUAUAAUUGGUUACCUUGCCAAGGUGUUGUGAUGAUAGCUGCUAAGAAAUUGGCUAGCAUCAUCAGAGAACCACUGAAAACAGAUGUCCCAACGAUGAACAUGUCGCGUCCUUCGAUUGCAAGGGUCUGCGUAGAGGUCGACCUUUUCCGCGACUUGCCGAGUAGAAUCCGACUUGGAACUGAAGAACAAUCGUAUUACCAGCCGGUUACUUACGAAAACUUACCUGAUUACUGUUUGGAAUGUCGCAAGAUUGGGCAUGAUGCAAAAUAUUGCCGUCAUGGGAAGCCACGAUCCACUCCCUCAGAAGUUCAGAAUAAAAAGCAGACCGCGGAUGACCAUUCCAAAAUUAGGGUUCAAGCUGUGAAAACGGAUUGGAAGCCAAAGGAAAAGAUGCUUGAAAGUAAUACAGUGGGAAUUAAGGAUAAAGACCCCUCAACCUCAGGACUCACUGCUGCCGAGAGGUUUCAGAUUCUUACAGAUAUCCAGGAAGAUGGCUAUAUUUCAGAACAGGAAGGAAAUACUGAUGAGAAGUCAAUGGCACAAGAAACUGAUGUUUCCAACUCUGAUAUGGAAUUGGAUUUUACAGAUUUACAACUAGAUCAGGGGCAGAACUCAAAGAUGGUUGGGUCUUCUACCAAAGAUGAUUCGGGCAUUGGAAAAUCGGACAAUACAACAAGAGUGGAAGAUGCGCGACUAGUAGCUUCUGAUGGAGAAGGAAAAAAGAAGAAACCUGGGCGCCCGAAAACAUCAACAAAAACAGCGAAGAAGCCUGGUCCUAAAACUCGUACUUCAACGAGAAUCAGUAGAGAUCCCCCAAGAAAAAAAGUUAUCAAUGAAUUGUCAGCUCAUCUGGAACAUUCGGGGAAUCAAUAA